AUGCUCCUCAGACGAUGCGCGAGAUCGUUGAUCGAUGAUCUCCCGUCGUUGGCGGCGCAACGCGUCGCGCGACGCGGGUGGAAGAAGGCGAACAGACGGGUCGACGUGAUCCUCACCGCGGACGUCCCGGGACUGGGCGAGCGCGACGAGAUCGCGCGCGUGCGACCGGGACGGGCGCGGAAUCACCUCGUUCCCGAACGUUUGGCGACGUACGUGAGUGAAGAGAAGGUGGCGAGGGCGAGGGAGCGGUUGCUGGCGAAGGCGGCGGCGAGAGAGGCGACGGAGGGCGAAGGCGAGGCGGAGGCGCAGAGCGCGAGAGAGGAGGCGGCGAGGGAGAAGGAAAAUGAGACGGUGAUGCGGAUGCUCACCGCCGAGCCCGCGAUCGCGGUGAAGCGAAUCUUAGAUAAGAAGACGGGUAAACCGCUCAGACCAGUGACUAGGGAGAACAUAGUCGAUGAGAUUCGUCGACAGAAACAACUCCAAAUAGCGCCAGCCUCGCUCGUCCUGGAGCGUCCAAUCGAUCAAUUCGGCCAGUACGAUAUCCCGCUGUGGAUUCGCGGCCACGCCCGGGGCUCCCACGUCCUCAACGUCAUCGUUCGCAAGCGCCAAUAG